CCACCAAAACCCUCUCUGUCCUCGGCCUUUCUCAUCCCGCUACUUCCUGCUUCCUGUGUAAGGUUGUAAAUUGUUCAGCCCGUGGAUAGACUUUCCCCCUACGUAUGCGUUUUCAUCGUGUCCACUCGAGAACUCCCUCGCUUAUAGACAUUCAAAAUCUAAUUUCCAACUAAGAGUCCUGAAACAAGUAAUCAGUUCGUGUUAUUGGUUCAAAGCAGUAAUUAUAGUAAUCGGAUAAACCUUUUUUUAUAAAAACUUCAAUGACGUCAUGAAAACCAGUCCGCAACUUUAAAAUGAAUUCAUAACUAGCUAGUGCACUGUGGCCGUGAGCAGAUGAUAACGUUAUGAAGAACUUUAAUAAUAUUGUUUGUUUACUAUGUUUAGUUUUAAUAUCACCAUCUGUCUGUUCUAAGAAGAAUAAAACCCUUCGUCGGUUCCCUAAAGCCAGAUUUGAAGCCAUUUACCCACGAGGACUGAGGGUUUUUAUUCCAGAUGAAAACUUCGCGCUACUGAACUUUUUCGGCCAAAUCAACGAGCCCAUGACAGACCUGGGUCCUGGUCAUCUCCGUAUGUGUGAGAUCAGGGCUCCGGCCAACGACUCUCAGAACAAGGAAUGGGUGUUCCGGGACCGAACCACAAGGCUGAAGCUCGGAGACAACAUAUACUACUGGGUGCGAGCGUACACCUGGCAGGGCACCCCUAUGAGGAACAACAACCAACGGUUUCGGGUUUCCGGAUUCGUCUACGAAGAUGGAACCUACAGGUCUGAAGAUGAGCCUGACCUCAUAGCAGACAUAGGAUCGUGUCCAGACCCUGAUUGCGAAGCAUCUGACACAGUAUUGCAGGAAAUCCAGUCCAUCUGCAAAGGGACUCUGCUCUUCAAUGAUAACUUCAAUCACAAUGGGAGACCAAGUUACGAAAGGUUUUGGACACCUGAAAUAAUGUUUCCUGAGGGCCCUGACCAUCCAUUCAACGUAUACACGACGGGCGACACGGUUGGCUUCGAGGAGGAGACACUAGUCUUCCGGCCGGUGCCGCUGGAGAGCUACCGCCAGGGCAUGCUGUUCGAGCAGCUGGAUCUCUCCACUACUUGCACGGGUCGGCUGGACACCACAGAGUGUGAGAGGAAAUCGUUCGGAGCCAACAUCUUGCCACCAGCUAAGACCGCUAAGAUCACCACAAAGCGAACCUUCAACUUCAAAUACGGGAGAGUAGAGGUGCGAGCCAAACUACCCUCGGGGAAGUGGCUUGUUCCUGAAAUAACCCUGGAACCCCGUGAGAAUAUUUACGGGAACGGCCGCUACGCUUCAGGGACUAUUCGGAUAGCUUUCGAGAGAACUACCAAUGGGAACACAACCAAACUGUGUGGGGGGCCAAUUCUGUACAACGAGGAACCAUUCCGAUCACUGUUUAUAAAAGAAAAGAUUGGAGCAGAAGACUGGAAUAAGGACUUCCAUAAUUACACUGUGAUUUGGAGUAAAGUCGGUAUAUCCCUGCUGGUGGACGGCGUCUCCUACGGGCGGGUGCCUCGAGGCGCGGCCACGGAGGCGGCGCGGAGGUACGAGCUGCCGCACCUGACGCGCUGGCUGGCCGGCUCGCUGAUGGCACCUUUUGAUGAAAUGUUCUACCUGUCUCUUGGACUCCGAGUGGGGGGCGCGUAUGACUUCCCUGAUGCUGACGACAAACCUUACAAGAACGGCGAGAGCAAAGCCAUGCUGAAGUUCUGGGAGGCCAGGGAUAGCUGGCUGCCCAGCUGGAGGGACGGAGGGCUGAAGGUCGAUUAUGUUAAGGUUUACGCUCUGUGAUAUCAUUUACUCUGCACUCUAAGGUUCUCUGGAAGAGUUCGCGUUUAGCGAUGAAGCCGCUUAUUUUGUUUAAUUUUAUAACAUAGUGUGAGCAGCAAUCAAUUAUCCAAGUGUUUAAUUUUGUACUAUUUUUUUUUAACUUUAGAUACUUUCUAGUUUUUUCGUUGUAAAAAGUAAGUUACUAUACGUAUUUUAUUGUAAGUUAUUAGAGCCUGACCAAAGUUUGUUUUAUUAA